ACUGACACCAAAAAAAACAAGGCUGCCAUAAUCAGUGACCGAGGGACCUCCUCAAAUUUCAUCAUUUAUAAAGGCCAAAAACUCCUCUUUCACCUCAUUCAAUAAUUCCUUUAAUUUUCCAGUUUGCUUAAGCUUCAAAUUAUUUCUCAUACCAGAUAGAAUGGCUCAGCAGAAGGUGGUUCUCAAAGUUCUAACCAUGACUGAUGAGAAGACAAAGCAAAAAGCCAUAGAAGCUGCUGCAGACAUCUAUGGGGUUGAUUCGAUAGCGGCGGAUCUAAAGGAUCAGAAGCUUACAGUGAUAGGGCAGAUGGAUGCAGUGGCGGUGGUGAAGAAGUUGAAGAAAGUAGGGAAAGUGGACUUAGUAUCAGUAGGACCUGCAAAAGAAGAGAAAAAGGAAGAAAAGAAAGAGGAAAAGAAAGAAGAGAAAAACGAGGAGAAGAAAGAGGAAGUCAAGGAAGAGCAAAAAUAAUGGAAAUUAGAAAUCUCCCAUCAUCCUAUUGUCUCUCUUCUAUAGAAAUAAGCUUUUAAGAAUUGCAUGGAUACAAUUUCUUCAAGUCCCUGUCUCAAAAAAAAAUAAAAAAACCCAUCAAGCAAAAUCAAUGAACAAUGGGAAAUGGAGGUUGGUUUAGGAAUAUAAACUAGAAUAUCAUCUUUAGCUUCUAGGCAAUUAAUUGCUGGAGUACGAGAGAUUUGCCAGUUUAUGUUAUUCAACAAUUUGAAGUUAUGUUACAGUUUACAUAGAAACAAAUUUAAAUUCUUUUAUAUAGUUAAUUUAUAGUUAUUUUUCUGACAAAA